AUGCGUGAGGAGAAUAUGACGGAAAAUGAAAAGAAUGAAUUCGGCAAAUCUCUACAGCAGAAGUGUAAUAAUAUUAGGACCAGUUUCAGCAGGGAAUUAAAACGCAGAGCAGGUGCCAAAAGUGGAUCAGCAGCUUUGCGUAAAAGCCCUUACGUGUAUUUCGAGCACUUACAGUUUCUUAAGGAAACUGUUGUAGACAACAGAACUCAAGAUAGCCUGGAUGAAACUGACGUUGCUGAAAGUAACUAUGGGGGAUGUGGCGUACAUUCACUUCUUCCCAAAAAGAAGCAGAAAAAUAACGACGAGAGAUUGAUUGCUGUACUACAACAGAGUAUCGAACUGAGGGAGGAGCGUGAAAGGAACCAAGAAUCUGAUUCAGAUAGACUAUUUCUGCUUUCAUUACUAGAAGAUAUGAAAAAGAUUUCGGAACAACGCAAGCUUACUAUCAAAAUGGAGAUUACUGAAGUCAAAAAAAGAGCACAGAUGCUUCCACUGCGGACUCAUCACCAAGGCUAUUCUGAUUAUGCGUCAGAAACAACAGUGGCUGGAGCAAUAGCUGUAGGUAUGAACCAGAAGCCUCGACAGACAGCAGUUUCAGCAUGGAUGCGUACUACAGCCAAAUGA